UGUACUUGCUUUUGUAAGCUCUGUUCGGUGACGAGACAAGAGAGAUGAAGUUGUUGAGCAAUAGUCUAAUGCUCCUUCCUCUGCUGGCUUUGGCUCUUACCGCAGUCUCGUCGCUUGAAUACAGCAGAAAUGAUUUCCCUCCAGGCUUUGUCUUUGGCUCUGGCACAUCAGCUUAUCAGGUGGAAGGAGCUGCUGACGAAGAUGGUAGAACUCCUAGCAUUUGGGAUGUUUUUGCUCAUGCCGGACACUCCAGAGUAGCAGCUGGAAAUGUUGCAUGUGACCAGUAUCACAAAUACAAGGAAGAUGUGAAGCUCAUGGCAAACAUGGGAUUGGAGGCUUACAGAUUCUCCAUAUCCUGGUCAAGGCUUUUACCAAGUGGAAGAGGACCAAUUAAUGCCAAGGGGUUACAAUACUACAACAAUCUUAUUGAUCAAUUGAUCACUCAUGGAAUCCAGCCACACGUUACAUUGCACCACUUUGAUCUUCCACAGGCCUUAGAAGAUGAGUAUGGAGGUUGGCUCAAUCAAGAAAUUGUGAGAGACUUCACAGCUUAUGCAGAUACUUGCUUCAAGGAGUUUGGAGAUAGAGUGUCACAUUGGACUACUAUAAACGAGGUCAAUGUGUUUGCCCUUGGAGGGUAUGACCAGGGAUUAACACCGCCUGCUCGAUGCUCUCCUCCAUUUGGACUUAAUUGUACCAAUGGAAACUCUUCCACUGAGCCUUACAUUGCCGUACGCAACAUGUUGCUCGCGCAUGCUUCUGCAACAAACUUAUACAAGCAACAGUACAAGUUCAAGCAACAUGGAUCAGUAGGCAUUAGCGUAUACACAUACGGUGUUGUCCCUUUAACUAACUCUGGAGAGGAUAAGCAGGCAACUGCUAGAGUAAAUGACUUCUAUAUUGGUUGGAUUUUACAUCCGUUGGUGUUUGGCGAUUAUCCUGAGACGAUGAAGACCAAUGUUGGGUCUAGAUUGCCAGCUUUUACAGAGGAGGAGUCAGAACAAGUUAAAGGCGCAUUUGAUUUCUUUGGAGUGAUAAAUUACAUGGCACUUUACGUCAAGGACAACUCUUCCUCUCUGAAACCAAAUGUCCAGGAUUUCACCACAGAUAUGGCCGUGGAAAUGACCUUGUUUGGAAACACAUCGCUCGAGAAUGAGUUUGCAAACACACCAUGGAGUCUGCAACAGAUACUUUUGUAUAUCAAAGAAACUUAUAGAAACCCUCCUGUCUACAUCCUAGAGAAUGGUCAGAUGACUCCUCACAGGUCAUCACUUGAGGACACAACGAGGGUGAAGUAUCUGAGCUCAUACAUUGAAGCAGUGCUUCAUUCAAUCAGGAAAGGAUCGAACGUAAAAGGGUAUUUUCAGUGGUCGUUGAUGGAUGUGUUUGAGCUAUUUGGUGGCUACGAGAAGAGCUUCGGAUUAUUUUACGUGGAUUUCAAGGAUCCUCAUCUUAAGAGGAGCCCUAAACUCUCUGCUCAUUGGUACUCUUCCUUCCUCAUGGGAACACUGCACCAUCAAUCGCAUGAUUCAGUUUGAUCCUUUGACUUCAAUGGUUAUGAUCUAAUGCUUAGUUGCAGACAAUGAGAAUAAAUAUUAUAUGUCUUU